AUGGUUAACUUCACAGUGGAGCAGAUCAGAGAAAUCAUGGACAGGCAAGAGAACAUCAGGAACAUGUCCGUCAUUGCUCACGUCGACCACGGCAAGUCAACACUCACUGACUCCCUGAUUGGCAAGGCAGGAAUCAUCGCAGAAUCCAAGGUUGGAGACGCCAGAUACACAGACACUCGUCAAGACGAAAUGGAGAGAGGUAUUACCAUCAAAUCCACUGGAGUCUCUCUUUACUACCCAUACGACGCUGACGGCUCAGGCAGAGAAAACAAUUUCCUUAUCAACUUAAUCGACUCCCCUGGCCACGUCGAUUUCUCCUCAGAAGUCACUGCUGCCCUCAGAGUAACUGACGGAGCCCUCGUGGUUGUUGACUGCGUUGAAGGUGUCUGCGUUCAGACAGAGACAGUCCUCAGACAGGCCUUACAAGAAAAGAUCAAGCCAGCUCUUAUGAUCAACAAGGUCGACAGAAACCUCCUGGAACUCCAGCUUGACCCAGAGUCCAUGUUCCAAGGCUUCUCAAGAACUAUUGAAAAAGUUAACUCCAUCAUUGCCACCUACGACGACGGAACUAUGGGAGACCUCCAAGUCGACCCAACCAAAGGCAACGUCGCUUUCGGCUCAGGACUGAUGGGCUGGGCUUUCACCUUAAAGAGGUUCGCCCACAUGUAUGCUAGCAAGUUCGGUAUUGACCCUAACAAAAUGAUGAAAAGAUUAUGGGGUGAAAACUACUUCGAUGCCGAGUCCAAGAAAUGGAAAAAGACUAACCUUUCAGACACCGGAAAGCCACUUAAGAGAGCUUUCAAUGCUUUUGUCAUUGAACCAAUACAAAGAUUGGCCAGAAACAUCAUGGAAGGCAAUAUGGAAGCUGUCGACAAGAUGCUUGUCCACCUUGGAGUUGAGCUUAAGACUGAAGACAGAGAUUUGAGAGAAAAGAAGCUCUUACUCCCUUUAAAUUGAACUAACAAAUUCUGUUCCAAUUUAAAGGGGGGUGAUAUUUAAAAAAUUAUAUGAGCACUAUAUAUUAAUUUUAAUUUAUAAAUAGAAUUAAUUCAAAAAGCUAUAGAUUCAGUGUAAAACUGCUUAAAUAAGCAAUUUUUCAAAUUAAAUUGAGUCAAAACUAAAUUUAUUAUUUUCACUUAAAAUUUUCAUUUGUUAACAAAAAAAUGUUCCAAUUUAAAUGGAGUUUUUUGAUCCAAUUUAAAUCGGAAGAGAACUAAAGAAGGUCAUGAUGAAAUGGAUCAAUGCCGCUGACUGUUUGUUAGAAAUGAUUGUCCUCCACCUCCCAUCACCAAAAGUCGCGCAGAGAUACAGAGUCGACUACUUAUACGAAGGCCCUCUUGAUGACGAGUGCGCCACUGCUAUUAGAAACUGUGACCCUAAUGGACCACUUAUGAUUUACAUCUCUAAAAUGGUUCCGUCAACUGAUAAAGGCAGAUUUGUCGCCUUCGGAAGAGUUUUCUCAGGAACAGUCUCAACUGGCCAAAAAGUCAGAAUUAUGGGGCCUAACUUCCACCCAGGCAAGAAAGACGAUCUUUACCUCAAAUCUAUCCAAAGAACUGUCCUUAUGAUGGGAAGAACCACUGAACACAUCCCAGACGUUCCUUGUGGAAACACCGUCGGACUUGUCGGAGUCGAUCAGUUCCUCCUUAAAACCGGUACCAUCUCAACCCACGAAGAAGCCCACACCUUAAGAAACAUGAAAUACUCAGUCAGCCCUGUCGUCAGAGUAGCCGUCAAACCAAAGAACGCUGCUGAUUUACCAAAACUUGUAGACGGCCUCAAGAAGCUGUCCAAGAGUGACCCUCUUGUCCAAUGUAGCUCAGAAGAAACUGGAGAACACAUUAUUGCAGGCUGCGGAGAACUCCACGUCGAAAUCUGCUUAAAUGAUUUGACUGACUUCGCUGGCAUUGAAAUCAUCAAGACUGACCCAGUCGUCACUUACAAAGAAACUGUCCAAGCCACUUCUAACCAAGUCUGUAUGUCCAAGUCGGGCUGUCAUAAAAAAAGUAAAUUACAAUAUUUUUUUGCCAAAAAUUUUUUUAAAAAAUUCAAUUUUAAAUAAAAAAGCCCUCUUAUAAUUUAACCCAGGAGAGUUUUUAAUUCUCUCCCCCAAGUCCCCUAACAAACACAACAGGCUCUACGUCACUGCUGAGCCAUUCGCCAGCGGCCUCGCUGAAGAUGUCGAAAAAGGUGACAUUGCCCCUAACACUGAGCCAAAGAUGAGAGCUAAGCUCCUCCAAGACAAAUAUGGCUGGGACUCCAACGACGCCAAAAAGAUCUGGUGUUUCGGUCCAGAAACCACUGGAGCCAAUAUCUUGGUCGACGCCACCAAAGGUAUCCAAUACAUGAACGAAAUCAAAGACUCCAUGGAAGCUGGUUUCCAAUGGGCUACCAAGGAAGGAUGUAUGUCAGGAGAAAACAUGAGAGGCAUCAGAAUGAACAUUUUGGACGCCUAUCUCCACACUGAUGCCAUCCACAGAGGUGGUGGACAAAUUGUCCCAACUGCCAGAAGAGUUUACUAUGCUGCCUAUUUGACUGCCCAACCAGUGCUACAAGAGCCAAUGUUCUUAGUCGAAAUUCAAUGCCCAACUGAAGUUAUUGGAGGUGUCUAUCAAUGCUUGAACUCUAGAAGAGGUAUUGUUAACACUGAAGAGCCAGUUUCUGGUACUCCUCUUACUAUGGUUAAAUGCUACUUGCCAGUCGCUGAAAGUUUCGGGUUCACUGCUCACUUGAGAUCUCAGACUUCAGGACAAGCCUUCCCUCAAUGUGUGUUCGACCACUGGGCACUUGUAAGUGGAGAUCCUCUUGACCCUAGCACCAAGUCCAGUGAAAUUGUUAAUGCAAUUAGAGUAAGAAAAGGAAUGGAAGGACCAAUUCCACCUCUCGAUAGAUUCUUGGAUAAACUUUAA